ACAGAAGCAGCCUUAACCUGAAAGCACUCUUUCUCCCUUGUUUUCUGAAAAAUUUCGUCCAAAAAAUCAGAAGAAGAAAAUCCUUGACUAUCUGAAGAUGGGUUCUGAAGGAAACAAGAUGAACGACGGCACCAGCUACCAGCCAUCGGAGCCGACCUUGUGCGCGAACGGCUGCGGAUUUUUCGGCUCGCCGGCGACGAUGAAUCUCUGCUCAAAGUGCUACAAGGAUUUCCAGAUGGAAGAACAACAAAAGGCAGCUGCUAAGGUUGCCUUGGAGAAGCUCGUGACGUCUCAGAAAAAGGCCGAUGAUGCUUCUCAUGUGGGUUCUCCAGAGUCUUACGGUACGGCGGCGGAGCAAGUUGAGAGGCAGGAGGAAGCGGUUUCGGCGCCGGCGGCGGUUGUGAAGAGUAAUAGGUGCUUUUGUUGCAAUAAAAAAGUAGGGGUGAUGGGGUUCACCUGCAGAUGUGGUAGUACCUUCUGUGGGCUCCACAGAUACCCAGAAAAGCACGAUUGUACCUUCGAUUUCAAGGGCCAGGGCCGGGAUGCCAUAGCCAAGGCAAACCCGGUGGUGAAGGGCGAUAAAAUUCAGCGGUUUUAGUUUGGAUGGGUUUAGGCCUGAGUCCGGAACCAAUCCGGGUCGGAGUCGGGUCUCCGUGUGUUUCUAAAUGGGUUUCUUAGCUUGGUUAGGUCACAUUCUUCCUGUGGCAAAGAUGUCACAAAUUUCUUUAUCCAGAGAACAGAGUGCAUAUGGCUAAUUGAAUUAGUAUUAAGUGAGUGUGCAGAGCAACAGUUGGAUUCUUGUUUGCUUUAAUUAGGUUUGAUUGGUUCAAA